GGGAAAGUGGGAGUGGUGUCAGGCAGCAGGCGAGCAUACAGAUUCUUCUGCUGGGCAAAGUUUCACCACAGGUGGCUAGUUCUUCGUGCUGUGCCAAUUCCAUUGAUUCGUUUGCCAGGAUUGUAGCCUUCAAAGAUGACGAUGGAUGCUCUGCAACUAGCAAACACUGCCUUUGCAGUUGAUAUGUUCAAAAAACUGUGUGAAAAGGACAAAACAGCCAAUAUCAUUUUUGCUCCGCUGUGUACCUCAACUUCUCUGGCUCUGGCAUAUAAAGCAACAAAAGGUGACACUGCAGACCAAAUGAAACAGGUACUCCAUUUACAAGAUGUCAAAGAUGUUUCUUUUGGGUUCCAAACAGUAACUGCAGAUGUUUCCAAACUCAGCUCUUUCUUUGCACUGAAAAUGGUCAAACGGCUCUUUGUAGAAAAGUCUCUUAAUCCUACCACAGACUUUGUCAAUUCCACAAAGAGGCCUUUCCCAUCUGAACUGGAAUUAGUGGAGUUCAAAGAAAAAACUGAGGAGACCCGGCAGAAGAUCAACAAAUCUCUUUCAGAGCUAACUGAUGGUAAAAUGGAGAAUAUUUUGAAUGAGGAAAAUGUAAGUGACCAGACUCAAAUCCUCCUAGUUAAUGCAGCUUAUUUUGUCACAAACUGGAUGAAGAAGUUCCCAGAGGCAGAAAUCAAAGAAUGUCCUUUUAAAGUCAACAAGACUGAAACUAAACCGGCGCAAAUGAUGAAUCUUGAAGCUACUUUUUGCCUGGGCUAUGUAAAGGAAUUAAAAGUUGCAAUUCUUGAGCUUCCAUGCCUUAAUAAACAUAUAAGCAUGCUUAUUCUGCUGCCCAAAGAGAUCGAAGAUGAGACCACUGGCUUGGAACAGCUGGAAAAAGCACUCACCCCUGAGACGUUAUUAGAGUGGACCAAUCCCAGCAGGAUGGCCAACACCAAAGUGAAUGUGUUCCUUCCAAAGUUUAACAUAGAAGGCGAUUAUGACCUAAAGCCACUUCUGGAAAGCUUGGGGAUGACAAACGUCUUUAAUGAGAGUGCAUCGGAUUUUUCUGAAAUGUGUGAGACUAAAGGAGUGGUUUUGUCCAAGAUCAUCCAUAAAGUCUCUCUGGAAGUAAAUGAACAAGGUGGUGAGUCCCUAGAGGUACCAGGAUAUAGGAUUCUGCAACACAAAGAUGAAUUUAAAGCUGACCAUCCAUUUAUCUUCUUAUUUAGGCACAACAAAACUCGCAACGUGAUUCUUUCAGGCAGAUUCUGUUCCCCUUAAGUGGGACAUAAUCAUGAAAAAGCACAAUUACAUUUAUGAUGAUGCAUGUUCCUGUAAAGCUUGACAUCCUGACUAUCACCUUUGAAAGGAAAUCUGACAUGUUCAUGUAUCAGCUGUGUAAUAUAAUGUACUCUACAUAUGCAGCAGAACUAGUUUGUCUCCUUUUGUUUCACUCUCUUAAGCUGAAGGAUUCCCACUAUGCAGAACACAUCAUGUUUUACCAGGAAUUAUGGCAGCCUCAGCAGCAAGUAUAUUUUGUACCUCUAUGACGCUUCUUCCCCCAAAGCAGAGUGAACUGAGAGCCCAUUUUUGAUAGACUGGGAACUGGUAAGGACUCUGGGAGGAAGAGCCGUAGGGAGAGCGACAUCCACGUUCCAUAGCCAAACCACUGUCCCUCGGAUUCCUGUUGCCUAAAAGGGGAAAAUGUGGACGUGUGGUGUUACAGCCCUCCCGUGUACCUGGCUACAAUCUGGCAGUCCAGGGUGCUCAAUGGACCCCUAUUAAUGCACAAUGAAACAGCGCUUAAGUUUUGCAGUGCCGCUAAGCAAUUCAGGGUAGAACCAGAACCAUUGAGACCUGUGGAUGCAAGAGGCAAGAGCAACUAUUGUCAUAACGUACAGCCAUAUUGCUCUUCUGCGUGAGCUACAUCAGUUCAUAGGUUGGGUUGGGGGGGGUCUGAUUUCCCUGUGUGGGAUUUUUUCAUUCAUUCCCUUUCAAACAUGGAAGAGGGGACCAGUUCACUGCAGCUGAGAAGAGUCCUGUUGUAUCUGUCCUGAGAAAAAGAAAGUUAUGCAGUUCUAGGGUAGAAAGCCUUUGGCAUAAUACUAGAAGUGCAACACUUUUCAGGCACGGGUUGACUGUCAUUUCUAAUUUUGGAUUGGGCAUUAAGGAGGUUUCCUAAAAUUACUUAAGGUCUGAGGUAUGAGAAAGAAAUCACGGCCUCAAUUUGGAUGGGAUUAACAUUGCAAUUACCAGUCUCCAAAUUUUACAUCACAGUAAUUGGAUUUCAUUUCUAUCUAAAGACUGCC